CAUAAUCCUGUUCAGCACAUUGUGAAGUGGUCAGGGUGAGAAGGAGAGUCAGACCAAGUCAGGAAGAAGCCAACAGGUUGUUAUCUCCAAGUCAGAUGAGAGAGGUAGUGCACACAAAACAAGAAAAAUAACAAUAUUAUCACUUCACCAUAGUGUUUAUUUGCAGCAUGGGGAAUUCUAAGAGUGGGGCACUGUCCAAGGAACUUCUGGAGGACCUGAAGUCCAAUACUAAGUACAACGAGGCCGAGCUGUGUGUCUGGUACCAGUCCUUCCUCAAGGAAUGCCCCACAGGCAGGAUCACCAAGGAGCAAUUUGAGGGCAUCUAUGCCAGCUUCUUCCCUAAUGCAGAUCCUACUGAGUACGCAAGGCAUGUUUUUAGGAGCUUUGAUACCAACGCAGAUGGUCAACUGGACUUUAAGGAGUACAUUGUGGCCCUGCACCUUACCUCCGGAGGCAAGACCCUGCAGAAGCUAGAGUGGGCCUUCGCCCUCUACGACGUGGAUGGAAACGGAACCAUCAGCAAAAAUGAGAUCCAAGAGAUUGUUAAGUCAAUAUUUAACAUGAUUCCCGAGGAAGACCAAAAGGACCUGCCUGAAGAUGAAAACACACCUGAUAAGAGAGCAGACAAAGUCUGGGACUUUUUUGGAAAGAAGGAAGAUGACAAGAUUGCAGAGAGGGAAUUCAUUCAAGGAGUGAUGGACAACAAGGACAUCCUACGGUUGAUUCAGUAUGAUGAGCCCCAGAAAAUCAAGGACAAACUGAAGGAGAAGAAACAAUAGCUUUCCGACAAAAUCAUUCUUUUGAAUUCUAUAAGACUGUUCAAAGCUUUACUGUUUACAAACCCAACUCUCCUGCCAGACCUGGGCUCUUUGUGCGCUAGACAACAUUGGCUUACACAUUGAAGUACCGCACAUUGUGGUGGAUGACCUGUUUGUCAAUGAGCCACCUGGACUUUUCUUCCCACUCAAAUAACUGUUCCGUGCUCUAGAAUGAUGGGUAUUCUUUUCUAUUUCGUAAUGAAUGAAUGGUUUCCAGGAUUCUGUUGCCUGCUGCUGUGUUCACUUGCAUUCAUUAGUUUAAUAAAGAGAAAGCCGCCCGUAAGGACCCACUGGGCACACACUGGUUGAAUCAAUGUUGUUUCCAUGAUAUUUAAAUGAAAUUAUGUCGAACCAACAUAGACUUGACAUCUGUGCCCAGUGGGGAGCUCCUUAUGAAGGGAAUUAGGCUGAAGUUAACAAUCCCUGUCUUACUAUCAAUCCUAUUAGUAUGUGAAGGUCAGUUUAAAAAACAUCCUGGCAGAGGUUUGUUAUGAAGGUAAUCAUGUCUAUAGAAUGUGUCUUAUAAUGUGCUUAGCAGGACUGAAACCUCAUACAAUGUACAGUAUUCAACUGGUAGAACAAAGGAAAAGGAGUCUUUUUUCUUGAAUAUUGAUGACAUUUUGUUGAUGCUGCCAGAGACUGCUGGAAACUAUAUAAUAAAAAACGCUGUGAAAAAUGA